CUCCAGAUAAUGACGAUUGAAUGAAUUCAGCCAUACGCCACUAGGUGGCGAGGACGAGGCCAAGGAACUAAGCUGCUCGUGUUCAAUAAGGCUGUACUACGAAGGCAGAUGAGAGGAAAGUAAAUGCAAGAACUGCUGAGUAAGGAAGGGCUAUUAAGUAACUAGUUUUCCAUCGUAGUAACUAACUAGUCCCUGAAUUGGACUGUUGAAUGGGUUUGGGUAGCAUUGCCACUCUGAGGCGCAGAGAUAGUGGACCCAGGGAUCUUACUUUGUAUUACCUUCCACUCAGCCACAUGUUACCAGGCAUCUGAAGAUAUGCAGGGUCCAUUUGAUGCCAUCCCUCUAUUCUCAAUACAGCAGAUUUCCGAACUCCCACCCUUGUCUUGUGGAGAGAUCAACCCAACGGGGCUGCCUGCAUAGCGGAAGCUUAAUCUGUGGUGGGGAGUUGGUGCUCGGCAAGUCUCCUUUCAUCAGCAAAAACUCUCAGUCUCAAUGCUACUGCGCCUUUAUCCUUCUCAAACUCUUAACUCCGAAAAAAUCUCUUUAUCAUAUAUUAAUCCUCUCUUUUCCUCCUUGUUCUGCUCUGACGCCUGGAUUAUUUAUUCACCUUCUGCAGCACCAAGCAGACAGACGUUACGAUAGUCACUGGACUUCGGUUAUCGAUCUUCUGCAGUGUACCGACUUGCAGCUUGUGUUACUUUGACGAGCACCUUGCAUAGUUGUGUUGGCGUGCAAC